AUGACUACUGGAGAAACAAUUGAGAAUUUAGAGAAGCAAGAGAAGCUUCUUGAUCAAAAUAUCAAUGACAAAAAGGAAGAAUUGCUUAAGAUUGACAGGAAAAGGAAAGUAUUACAAAGUAUGUGCGAUCAAUUACAAGUACAAAAAGCAGAGUUAAUCGACAAAAUUAAUAAACUCAAUGAAAGCCACCAUAAGAAACGGGAAGAGGCUAGAGACCACUUUGGUCGUAAAUUAAACAAUUUAGAUAUACUUAUGAAUCGUUAUAUCGAACCACUCAAUAAAGUUAAAUUCAAAAACUCAUUACUACACGAAAGAAGAAAGUACUUAGCGGAAAGAUGGAAAGUCAAAGAAACACAAUAUAUUGUUACGCUCAAUCAAAUUAAAGAACAAAUUAAUCAGACAAGAGCUAAGCUCACAGCAGUUAACAUGCAUCGUAUGCAACGUGAUGAAAGCCCAUUUAGAAAUCCUAUCCCAUCUGAAGAUCCUUUAGAAGUUUUUUUGGCAAAUGACCCAAUUAGAUCUAUGAACUUUGGCUCCAAUCCAGAAAGGGACUGGGCAAAUGCAUUCAUGAAUACAAACUUCGAAAUCAAAUUUGAUGCGGAUAUUAACGAAAAAGAAAAGCAAAUAAAUAUGUUACAAGAAAGUUGUCGUGUCCUUCAUCAGAGGAAACUACGAUUAUCGAAAUUACUUAAGGAGAAGAACCAAACUGAAAAUCCUGAAAAAUAA